AUGCCAGCUCAUCCGUCCCCUGGACUCCGGAAAGCGGAGACCGCCCUGGCCAGCAGUGUGGCCUGCUGGGCUCCUGACGCAAUGGCUCGGGCAGAAGGCCCGGCGCUGCCUGGCCCUUGGCCGGGGCUGCUCGAGCCAAAGACGGCAGGAGCCAGGAGGCCUGGCUGGGGCCCGCUGCCGCCUUCUCUCUCUGGCCCAGGGUCUGCCUCCCUGGACCCGAAGGGAUGCGUGGGGCAUUUGCACAAUAGAGGCGCUGCUGCCAGCUUUCCCCUUUUCAUUUCAGCCUGCUGUUUUAUUUUGUGGGUGAGUGGGCUUGGAAGGGGAAGCCGAGCCGAGUGUGGCAGCAGCAUGCGCUUUCCUGAGCCCUGUGGAGAAUUGUCCCGAACGGUAAAUGAGACAGUUGCAAGGGCCGGCCAGCUGCCUGCAGGGGGCCUAGUGGAGCCUGGCCGGCUGCGAGGGUCCCGCUGUGCCCGCGUCACGUGGCCCAGCGAGGGCGCGUCCUGA